AUGAAUUGCCUCUUCCCUCCUUUUGAUUUAUUAUAUAAGCAGCGGCUGCAGCAGCAGCAGAAGCUGCUGCUGCUGUUUUUUAUUCUUAAUGUUGCUGCUGCUGCAUUCCCUUUUGUUUUCUUAGCAGCAGUAGAGGCAAAUUAUCCAUUUAUUAAGCCUGUACAUCUACCUAAGGGAGUACAAGCAGCAGCAGCAGCAGCAGAAGCAGCAGCAGCAGCAAAAAGAGCCGUCGCAGGAAGUGCUGCAGUACAUGCUGCAGCACAGACUGCUGCAGCAGCAGCAGCAAAUGCUGCAGCAGCAGCAGCAGAUGAUGAUGAUGAGCAAGACUUCUUAACAAAACGGCACCAUAAAACAAAUCCAGCAGCAGCAGCAGAUGCAGCAGCAGCAGCAGCAGAUGCAGCAGCAGCAGAUGAAGCAGCAAAAGAUGCAGAUGCAAAUGCAGCAGCAGCAGAAGAACAAGGAGAUGCAGCAGCAGCAACAGCAGCAGCUACACCUCCUCCUAACCCUGCAGCAGCAGGAGCAGCAGGACAAGAAGAAGAAGAAGGUACAGCAGCAGAUGAAUCAGAUGAAUCAGCAGCAGCAGAUGCAGACGAUGAAGAUACAAAAGAUACAGCAGCAGCAGCAGCAGCAGCACCAGGAGCAGCAGCAGCAGCAGCAGCAGGACAUAAUCUGCUGCAGCAGGCUAUACGUAGUCAUCCUAAUGCUGCAGCAGAUACAUCAGCAGCAGCAGCAACAACUGCAGCAGCUGCUGCAGCUGCAGCAGCAGCAGCUGCAGCGUCACCAUUCAGACGACCUUCGCACCAGCUGCUACAAGUAGCAGCACUUGCUACUGAGCAGGAAGAAGCAAAACAUUACCCUACCUUGCGCAGGAACAACAGCAGCAGCAGCAGCAACAGCAGCAGCAGCAACAGCAGCAGCUUGCUGCGGUCAAUCUUCUCAGGAAGAGGUACAGAGAAAGAGCAGCAAGAAGCAAAAGAAGGAGAAGAUGAACCUCUUCUCUCUGAUCCCCCUCCUCCUCAACAAAUGCAACAAUAG